UUCCGGAAGCUCCGCUCAAAAUGCUGAACUGCCCCUUGGAAGUCGUUAGGACCCUGGUAGUUGGAGGCUGUUCUCGGGCCUGAGCCUCGAGGCCGGGCCCCUGGGUGUCGUUAAUGUUCGGGGCCGCCGGGCGCCCACCGAUCGGAGCUCCAGCCGCCGGGAACAGCUGGCAUUUCAGUCGAACCAUGGAGGAACUGGUUCAUGAUCUUGUCUCAGCGUUGGAGGAGAGCUCAGAGCAAGCUCGAGGUGGAUUUGCUGAAACGGGAGACCAUUCUCGAAGCAUAUCUUGCCCUCUGAAACGCCAGGCAAGGAAAAGGAGAGGAAGAAAGCGGAGGUCAUACAAUGUUCACCACCCAUGGGAGACCGGUCACUGCUUAAGUGAGGGCUCUGAUUCGAGUUUAGAAGAACCGAGCAAGGACUAUAGAGAGAACCACAAUAAUAACAAAAAGGAUCACAGUGACUCUGAUGACCAAAUGCUCGUGGCCAAGCGCAGGCCGACGUCUAACUUAAAUAACAACGUGCGUGGGAAACGCCCUCUGUGGCAUGAGUCCGAUUUUGCCAUGGACAGCCUCGGGAACCGGACUCUGCGCAGGAGGAGGAAGGUGAAACGCAUGGCGGUCGACCUUCCGCAGGACAUCUCCAGCAAACGGACGAUGACCCAGCCCCCUGAAGGUUGUAGAGACCAGGACAUGGACAGUGAUCGAGUUUACCACUAUCAGGAGUUCACCAAGAGCAAAGUCAAGAAAAGGAAAUUGAAAAUCAUUAGACAAGGACCCAAAAUCCAAGAUGAAGGAGUAGUUUUAGAAAGUGAGGAAAUAAGCCAGACCAAUAAGGACAAAAUGGAGUAUGAAGAGCAAAAAAUCUCCGAUGAGCUCAUGAGCGAAAGUGAUUCCAGCAGUCUUAGCAGCACCGAUGCUGGCUUGUUUACCAAUGAUGAGGGAAGACAAGGUGAUGAUGAGCAGAGCGACUGGUUUUACGAAAAGGAGUCCGGCGGGGCGUGCGGCGUCAGUGGCAUCGUGCCCUGGUGGGAAAAGGAAGACCCCGCCGAGCUAGACAAAAAUGUGCCCGAUCCUGUCUUUGAAAGUAUCUUAACUGGUUCUUUCCCCCUUAUGUCUCAUCCUGGAAGAAGAGGCUUCCAAGCUAGACUCAGUCGCCUUCAUGGGAUGCCUUCCAAGAAUAUUAAAAAAUCUGGAGGGACCCCAACUUCAAUGGGGAGCGCUCCUGGCCCGGCCAGCAACAAGAGGAUGGUUCAUUUUUCCCCAGAUUCUCAUCGCCACGACCAUUGGUUCAGCCCUGGGGCCAGGACAGAGCACGGCCAGCUUCUGAGAGAGAACCGGGCUGAGAGAGGGCACAAGAAAACUUGUUCUGUGAAAACAGCCAGCAGGCAAACAAGCAUGCAUUUGGGAUCCUUAUGCACAGGAGAUAUCAAACGGAGGAGGAAAGCUGCACCUUUGCCUGGACCUACUACAGCAGGGUUUGUGGGAGAAAACGCCCAGCCCAUCUUAGAAAACAACAUUGGAAACCGGAUGCUGCAAAAUAUGGGCUGGACGCCUGGCUCGGGCCUUGGACGCGAUGGCAAGGGGAUUGCUGAGCCAAUUCAAGCCUUGCAGAGGCCAAAAGGGCUAGGACUCGGAUAUCCUCUCCCAAAAAGCCCUCCUGCAGCCACGACCCCCACACCAGGAAAAUCCGCCUAAGGAGAAAAGCCAAGAAGAAACAAACGUCCUACACUUUCUAUUCACUCUAUACAUCCCAUUGUUCUACAAGUACAACAUGGCUUCUGUUUUUGAAGCAGAAAUCUACGUGGCCCCGAACUUGUCACUCUAGCUUCCUAACUGCGCCCGGUCCUGCCACGGUGAUAGAAAAUGGGGGUCUCAUCCCAGUUCAUGGUGCUAACGUCCAAAUCUUGACCUUUUCAAAUUUUUUUGGCAAUUUUCAGCUGUGUGUAGGUAUAAACAACAGCGCAUCUCUUAUUUAUUUGGAUCUCGUACAUUAAUAACAUCUAAUGCUUUUUGUAGCUUGAUUCAUUCAUGUAUGCGUGCGACGCCCGAGCAAAUGUGAGCGUACCCGUGGGUUUCUAAAGUGGGACGGGCCCGAAAGGACUGGGUUUCAUAGCACCCCCAUCGAUGGUAACCCAACAGACCUGUCAUCGCAUCAUUGAAGUCCUAAGCAAAUCUUUGAUUGACAGGCUUCCGAACUUCGUAUUUCUUGAACUUGUUUGUUUGUUUUUGUUUAGCGAGUUUUCUCAAAUGGGAUAAUACCCAUGAAUCUCCUUGGACAAUGUAGUAUGAAGUUCACAGUUGACAAACCGCCAUUAAUGUCUCCCCCUGACAUUUUCACAAAAAUGAACCUCACUGUUACCACCAGAGUGCCCUCAACAUGACUUUAGUGCAUAUUUUAUCAAUUUUACCUCAUUUAGAACAUAAAAUAAUUAUUGAAAGAAAAAUGUAUUUUUCAAAUUCAUCAUGCCUGAACUGUAAAUUCUAUUAAUCUAGACUUACUUCUACCUCUCCCUUCCCAAAGGUUGAUAUUACUUCUUUUAACAUCAACUCAACUGUAGUAAACUGAUUUUAAAUUUUAACCAUUGGUGUAAGUUAGAAUAUGGAAUCAAUUUAUAUUAAGAUUUAAAUGGAUCUCCUAAGAAUUCGGAUUUCUGGCAGUGAUCCAAUCCAUUUGCAUGAUAAAUGAAAAUGAAUGGUACCGACUUGCCCUUUUCUGACAUCUAAGCAGUUACUUUAAACCCAAGCAAAGCAAGUCAUUUUAUGAUGUGCCUCGUGUUGUUAUUUCGAAUCACCUGCUUCAUAAUGUCAAAGAUUCUAGAAGAUGUGAAUUUGUCAUCAUCUUCAUUAUUACGGACUAACGAUAGUAUUCUAUUUGUAAUAGCCCUUAUUGGUUGAGUCAAGGCCAAGAUAACACAUGUGAAUCACCUUUAUAAUGGUUUUUUUUUAAGGCUUUGUUUUGUAUUUUUUUUAAGAGCAAUUUUAGCUUCACUGCAAAAUUAAGGCAAAGUCACAGACAUUUCUCAUAAUCUGCUCUGCCCCCACGCAUGCAUAGUCUCCCCUCCCCAUCAACUUCCCCCUCCAGAGGGUUGCAUGUGUUACAGCUGAUAAACCCACAGGGCACGUCAUUAUCCCCCAAAGCCCAUGAUUGACAUGACAGUUCACUCUUGGUGUGGUACAUUGCUAUAGACUGGGACAAAUGUAUAAUGACAGGUAUCUUACAGAGUAGUUCUACUGCCCCCAAAAUUCCUCUGUGCUCCACUGUAAUCGGUUUUUGAAAAUUUGCCAAUCAGGAGUUUUUUAAAGGGGAAGAAGAGGUUUGUGCAUGCAAUAGACCCUUCCCAGGUGGUCUCCCAGGUGUGGGGGGAAGGUCAGCUGCUAUUUGAAAGCCUUGAUGGUUUGCCAAAUGGAUCCAUUUCUUUUAAGAAUUACCUUCUCUCUUAGGGUUAUUUUGGUAAGAUGACAGGUCAGGGAGAGGAACUAUAAACUACCAGGGGAGCUGCUCUUUUGAAGCAUUCUUAUUGGAUAAAGUAACCCUGAUGUACGAUUACUUUCUACCAAUUUGUUACUUAGAAAUUAGACAUUUUUUUUAAAAAAAUGCUUUUUCUUGCUCAUUCUCGAUAUAAGCGGGAAAAGCUGGGGGGAACUGUAUACCAGUUUAAAGCUUCUUUAUGGUAGUUUAUAGUGCUCUAGGUUCUGUUCAGAACAUUUUUCUUAAAAUUCCAGUAUUUUCUGAAAAUCAGAAGAUCUUCUAAAAUCUCAGCAUUUUGGAAAGCCAAAUGUGGAGCCGCGAGUACCACACAAUAAGGUUACGGCAAGACUGACCCCAGACUCCUGAGGACUCGCUGCUGUUUUUCACUUCGCCAGGUGAACCCUCCUAGUGAGACAGAGCAGAACAUAUACCACCUGGCCCGGGGGCUGGGGGUGGGGCAACUCCUCAAUUAAAUGCCGCCGUCUUCACGAAUACUUUUUGUUGUGGUUCUGGCCACUACUACUCUUCUGAAGCAGCCCCUCUAACACGCUCACUCCACUUGGGUGCGGUUCUCUACACCCCUCCAUCAAAAUCCAUUUUUAUCUUUUCAGCUUAUAGAAGAAAGGUCUUAAAUCUUGACAUCUGAAGCCCUCUGUGUGGCUCACAGAGGACUUAGAUAUUUCUUUUUUUUUUAAGAUUUUUAUUGGGAAAUUGGGGGGAUGGGAACGGCGCUUGGGGAAUUG